AUGGAUGCUACAGUCCUCACGACGUUGUCGACAUUGCUGCUCGGAUGCAAGGAAAUGUUCCACGUUCAGCCGGAAAGCGUUGUCAUCCACGCGUUUGUAUUGGAAGAUGGGAACAUAUUCCGAUACCGAUACGAUGAAACCAGCAACAAGAGGUAAGUUUGUGCUGUUUUUGAUUGCCCUCUUUUCUUAGCCGAGUGAAUGUGGCAUUGCCUAGCAAUUUGGAAGGGCAAACAAUCAAAGGAAUACGGUUGGGGGCCGAGCUGAAGGAUGGAGAAGUUUUUGUUGCUGGCCAGAUACACAUUGGGGUUAAGUAAGAUCUUUUCAAAUUGUUUUUUUCUGCAUAUCGAUAAAUGUUUCGUCGAUCACGUCACGUUUUAUUACAGCAAAUAUGUCUUUUCUGGAAAUGGAGAUAAUCUGGAGAAAACCGACCUCCUCAUCGCAGCUGGCGACGCUGCGUAUUUUGCGAAGGGAAAGGUUUACCAGAUCUAUUGUAGCGUACACAAGGUUUCGAUGUUUACGCUGGAAGGAACUGAAACAGUGUUUGUUAAGCGGAAUACAAAUAUAUCGCUUCCCUGCGAAGGCCUCUCGUUCAGUGAAGACGGCACUUCCGUGUUCUUCGAGCAAGAUAGCCAGUGCAAGACAGCUUUUCUAAGCAGCAGCCUGAAGCAGGAAGAUGUCUUUGAUUGUACUGCUCAACAGAUUUUUAAAAAUCCAGGCAGUUUCAUUUCAAAUCUGUACUCGUUGGUACGUUUCAACAUUAAAAUUGAUUUUUAUUUUUUUCAGAGAUAUUUGGUGGUCAACUACGGGUCCUGCUUCAAUGAUCCUGACGUUUUGACCGAGGAGUUGCUUGACAAUACCCAUGUUCAAUUCCGUUAUGCUGAGCCGACUACUACAACCAUGGGGUAAGUCGGUUUUCAUUCGGGAUCAGCUUUUGGCAAUCAUCCAUGUUCUGCCCUGCUGUCGAAAAUAUUUUUUUUCCUACUGCAGAAUGAAAAUGAAAGAUUUGUUUUUGUAUGAAACGCUUGUAGCUUUUUGCUGCCAACUGAGAUCUCAAGAAGCAUAGAAGUUAAAAGGAGCAUCAAUUUACGGUUUUUUUCGAGAUGCGCCUCGGAAAAGAGGAGUUUCAGUCUACCUUCAGAUAGAAUAUUAGCCCCAGAAAACUAAAGUUUUAGCGAUUUUUCAUCGUCAAUAUUUUUUACAGUUCCGCGACCGAGAAGACGACCUCCUUAUCUCUGCUUUAUGGCGUAAUUGUUGGCUCUGUCCUGGUCGUCCUUAUUGGCUUGGUUACUGCUUGCGUUAUCGUCUGCUUUUUCUGUAGGGGUGUAAGUUUUGUCAUCAGGUCCGAGAUAUAAACUCGACUUUUUAGAGAAUCAGAAAGAAGAAGGGAGAGUCCAAAUCCCCCGAUCCCAAUAUUGCAGUUGUGGUCGAACCGCCCAUGCCAACCCCGGUGCUCCCAGGGCCCAAGAAUGCAGCCGUGGUCGAACCGCCCAUGCCAACCCCGGUGCUCCCAGGGCCCAAGACAGCAGUUGUGGUCGAACCGAGCAAGCCAAAUCAGCCCGACUUGCCGGCAGGAAAGGCUAAAGAAUUGCCCGCUGACAAAUUGAAGAACGCCGAUCCGGUUCUUAAGGCCAAGGGAGGGAUGUGAGUUUGUUGAUUUUUUAUUGAAUUUUUUCAUUUUUUUAGUGCUGCCGACGAGGAUGGACUGGCUGGGACCGAGACAUUCAUCGCUUACAAGCCUGGUGAUCCCCCCGGAGAAGGAAUGGACGUUUCGGUGAGCUGCAUGAUCGAUAAGUGUCUGGUCUAGCCUUUCUCUUAUUUUAUUUGUAUUUUCAGCGCGAGUGUAGAUUGACUGUGAACAACACAGACCUCGUACUUGUGAAGAUUCAGGAUAAAUUUCCCACCUUCAGUGGUGGUAUUGCGCCCUACGCUUUUGUAGAGAAGGGAACGAAGGCAGUGUUCGGAAUCAAGUUUGUCAGCUUAGAGGGUUUGGAGUUGCUGAAGGUCGAGGUCAAAAUCCUGGAACAGCUCAACAAAAGCUUUGAAGAGUAAGGAUCUUGAUGAAACUUUGGGCCUAGUUCUUAAGAAGAAAGAAAGAGAUUCAUCAAGAAAAAAUAGUUUUGGAGCUAUUAAUUCUCUGUUUGAGUAAAGAUAUUUAAUAGUUUAAUUUUAGGAAAGAACGCCUCCAUCCGACCGUCUUCCGGGCAUCACAUUGCUGUUUUACGAAGGCUCGUGAAGGAGGGAUUCUAGUUUCGGAAUUCUAUGCGAAGAAUGUCCAAACAGAGGCAGUCAAACUGGACCUUCCGAGAGCUUUCAUCCUUGGGUAUAGAUGUCUUUUGGGUCUCCGCCAGCUGCAUUCCAUCGGAUUUGCCCAUCUCAACGUGACUCCAGCCAGUUUUGUCUUCAACAGAGAAGAUAAGGUGGGUUUGGGGUAUUUUUAUUUUGUUUUGUCGUAAAAAUUUGACGUCCUUUUUUUUAUUCCAGGUCAUUCUUACCGAAUUUGGAAUUGGCCGUCGUUUCGGCCGCGAACGUUUCCUCAACUACGGGGAUGUGAUGUUCGCCUCAAUUGGAAGCCAUGAUUUCUCGCUGGUCGCCGAGCUCGACGAUUAUCAGUCCUGGCUGUUGAUGGUGCUCAGUUUUAUGGCUGAAUUGCCAUAUUCCUCGAUUGCGAAGUCCAACGAAAACCUCGAGGACAAGGCCCGUCUUUGGAGUGAGGUGCGCGCAGCCAAGUGGAAAUUGAUCGCCAACAUCAAGGAUGAUGAGAGGUUUGGUGGGAAAGAAUCUACUAAGAUUUUGGUGAAUUUAUCCAAGUUGACUUGGAGCCCAACCAAGGAAGGGACUAUGGACUUUAAUGGAGUUGUUAGUUUCCUCGAAAAGGUGGGUAAUUGUGUGGAGGAAGAGGUUUAGAUUAUUUUAAGGAUUGGUGACGGAAAGGUCCGUUAAAAAAGGGAGAGAGGACGGCGGGGAAGGGGCGGGGCGAGGGUGAUUUCAAAAAUCGUAUCAAUUUUUCUUUAGUAGCAGUGUUAAGUAGUCACUUUUUGAAUUUUUUUGUUGAGUGGUAGAUAUAGGGGUUUUUAAGGGCGCUGAUUUCAAAAUCAGAUUCAUUUUUACUGAAUUUAAGCCACCCCCUUUCCGCCGUCCUCUCUCUUUUUUUAGCGGACCUUUCCGUCCUUCGUGCUUUUUUUUACAAGGAAAGUACUUGUAUGGGGAUGAAGUUACAGGUCGACAUAUAUAUCAAAAAAUUUGGAAAAAUUUUCUGAUUCAGAAUAUAUAAAAAUUAGCUGCCUAAUUUUGGUGUAUCAACGAGUUUUAUCAAUAGAAAAGCAACAAAAGCGCGCUCGGUCUCUUCGUUUGGAAGAGAGUGGUGUGGCCGAGUGGUUAGAGCGCUGGACUGACGAUCCGAUGGGAAAGGCUUCCCACGGGUUCGAAACCUUUUGCCACAGAACCCGUUUUUUUAACAUUGGAACUACUAUUAAGUUGUAGUUGUAAUCCAAUUUGAUAUUUUAAGGCUUGUCAAGGCUUCAGAAUUUAUUUUAGCAGAAAACAAAAUUUUUUUCUUGGUAAAAACACGAUCAAAAAGACUCUUGCAUGGUGUCGCGAGAAAACUUCUGAGUACAAAAACUCAGAAGUUUUCAGACCAAAAUUAAGCAGCUAAAUUUUAUAUAUUCUGAAUCAGAAAAUUUAUACGAAUUUUUUGAUGUAUAUCUCGACCUGUAACUCCAUACCUCAUCGAAGUACUUUCCUUGUGAACUAGACCAGACCGAUAAUCAACAAAAUUGUUUUUCAAUUUUACUUUCAGACUGUCUCGGACCAUAAAAUGAACAUGCACAAGAGCCCUUGGUGGUCGAAACAAAACACCUUCGAGCCAACUCCAACUGAAGUCGGUGACCUUCGACUUCUCACAACGCCUGCCCAUUAG